AUGGCCGCGGGCGCAUUUUUGGAGCUCCUGAUCCUUACUGCAGCAUUCUGGUCAGCGCGAGGGACUGUGGUCAACACCCAAACUCAUGCGCACGCGGAGCAUGGAGACGGAGAUGGCAUCGAACCCAGACAGCUCUGGCGUGAAAGGCUCCAGAAUAGUGCCCUAAUUCAGUCACUACACAAUUCCGCUACUUGGAUAAUAUGUGUCUUCAUCUUCAUUUACGCUGGAGUGGAAAUUGCCAUGGCGGGGUGGAUUUUCUCAUUCCUUGUCGAUCAACGAGACACAUCAUCCUUUAGGGCAGGCGUGGUGAACUUCCUUUACUGGGCUGGUCUCACCCUUGGCCGCGUGAUUCUCGGAUUCGUGACAAACUGUCUCCAUGCGGAGAAAUCGACGGUGAUGGCCUACCUGUUGGCAUGUGUGGCAUGUCACUCGGUCUUUACUCUUGUCCAUGGUUCCUUUGCGACUUCAGUGACUACAGUGACCCUGCUGGGGUUCUUCCUCGGGCCAUUGUUUCCAGAAUCCGUGAUUGCUCUGGUUCAGCUGUUGCCCAAGGAGCUUCACAUUGCCGGUGUCGGCAUGGCAGUGACUUUGGGAAGUGCCGGUGGAUGCGUGUUUCCGUUUAUAAUCGGGACACUCGCAAACGUUGCGGGUAUCAAAGUCUUACCGUUGGUAAUCCUUGUGAUGCUUGUUAGUUGCUCCUUACUAUGGCUCUUUUUUGUUUUUGUCUCGAAAAGAAGAUUAUGA